CUUCUCUUAGCUUGGCGUCUAGGGUCACCUCUGCCUACGCGCUGUACCCCUUCACCUCACUCCUCCUCGCUUCAACCGCGCACUCCUCGCGACCUAACUCGCUGAGUUAUAGCCUACUUGGUCCUGUGAGGAUAUUCUGCCUCGUUUCGCUCGGCGUUAGGAAAACCCCAUGGCCACAUCCUCGCUUGGCUGCCACGCGGCGCUUUACCGAGCUCAGCCUCUGACGACACGCACUGAAUCUUCCCGCUUAACUCCAUCCAGCGCUUCGAUGUCGCGCUGCUUCGCGCACCACGCGCCCUUCCCCCGCGUACCGCUCACCCCACUAACGCCCGCGCGCGCCGCAAAAUCGCGACUCGUCGCGCGCGCUCUCGAGGGAGCGGUGAUUGCGGAGGAAGGCGAGAGCUUGAACGGCAGCGUCGCCGCGCUCAUCGCGGAAGAGGCGGCGGAAGAAACGGCGGGAAAUGGCGCUGUCGCAAUGGCGGACGACGAGGACGUGUGGGAGAGGGAGCCCGAGGGGCGCGGAGUUUCUGGGCAGAUUGUGGGGGUUUUGGGCGGCGGGCAGCUGGGCCGAAUGCUGUGCGAGGCGGCGUCGCCUUUAGGGAUCAAGGUCGCGGUGCUCGACCCGCUGCCAGACGCGCCGGCUCGUCCAGUGGCGUUCCGCCACGUGGUCGGAAGCUUCCAGGAUAUGGACACUGUGCGAGAAUUCGCGAAAAAGAGCGAUGUGGUGACGGUGGAGAUCGAGCAUGUGAACGUGGACGCGCUGCAGCACCUGGAGGACGACGACUGCAUCGACAUCGAGCCCAAGCCCUCCACCAUUGGGGUCAUCCAGGACAAGUACCUGCAGAAGAUUCACUUCAGGAAUCGCGGCGUGCCUCUCCCAGACUUCGUGCCGAUUCCGGACAUGGCAGCAGCAGAGGCGGCAGGGGACGCGUUCACAUACCCCUACAUGCUCAAGAGCCGCAGGAAUGCAUAUGACGGCCGGGGCAAUGCUGUCGUGCGCUCAUCGGAAGACAUUGAGCAAGCUGUAGCAGACUUGGGGGGCUUUGAGCGAGGGUUGUAUGCUGAGAAGUGGGCUCCUUUCACCAAGGAGUUGGCAGUGAUGGUGGCGAGAGGGCGAGACGGGGAGAUCAAGAGCUUUCCUGUAGUGGAGACGACUCACAGGGACAACAUCUGCAACACAGUUCUAGUCCCCGCCAGUGUCCACCCCGCGGUGCAGCAGCAGGCGCUGCGUGUGGCGGAGCUGGCGAUCGGCUCGCUGGCGGGAGCCGGAGUCUUCGGAGUCGAGCUGUUCCUCCUGGAGGACAGCACCGUGCUGCUCAACGAGGUGGCGCCGCGGCCGCACAACAGCGGGCACUACACCAUCGAGGCGUGCCACGUGUCGCAGUACGAGCAGCACCUGCGGGCGGUUCUGGGGCUGCCGCUGGGUGACCCGUCUCUCAAAGUCGGGGCAGCUGCCAUGGUCAACAUCCUGGGGGAGGCUGAUGGCGACGAGGGCUUUGAGAUUUCCCAGUCCGUUCUGAAACAGGCGCUGGUGGUGCCCGGGGCAUCCAUCCACUGGUACGACAAGUCAGACAUGCGUGCGAAGCGCAAGAUGGGGCAUGUGACGGUGGUGGCACCGACAGCGCAGGAGGCGGUGAGGCGAAUCAAUGCGAUUUUGCCCCAAGCCAUGGGAGACGGCCAGGAGGGGGGUGGACGAGCCGUGCAGGUGGCGAUCAUAAUGGGCAGUGACUCGGACCUACCGGUUAUGAAGGGGGCGGCUCAGAUCCUCGACUUUUUCCAAGUGCCGUAUGAGCUCACGAUAGUGUCGGCCCACCGCACGCCCGACCGCAUGUUCUCUUUCGCACAGUCGGCGCACGCAAGGGGCGUCAAAGUCAUCAUCGCUGGCGCUGGCGGCGCUGCCCACCUGCCAGGCAUGGUGGCGUCCAUGUCGCCACUGCCGGUGAUUGGCGUGCCGGUGAAGGGCUCGGCUCUGGGGGGCAUGGACUCCCUCCUCUCCAUUGUGCAGAUGCCACGUGGCAUUCCAGUGGCAACAGUGGCGAUCAACAACUCAGUCAACGCUGCUCUGCUGGCCGUGCGCAUGCUGGGAGCCUCCGAUCCCUCCCUGCUGGACCGCAUGGUGGCGUACCAGAAGGACCUGGAGGGCAUGGUGCUGGAGAAGGCAGAGCAGCUGGAGCAGGACGGGUGGGCGCAGUACCUCAACGUGCUCUCCUCCGAUUGAAAGCUGGAUCUGUGUGUAGCUAGCUAGUCCUGACACAAAGCUCGGCCUGUCAACGUGCUCUCCUGACACAAGGUAUAGCUAGACAGGUCACAUGACUUGACACCAGGUGCUCCUUGCUGCCUAGGGCGUGGUGGCGGAGAAAGCAGGGCAGGGGGAACAGGAUGGAUGGAUAAUGGGCACAGUACCUCGACGCGCUCUCCUCCAAUUGAAGGCUUGUAUCCCGCCUAUGUUUGCAUGACUCGGUCCGUGUUGCCUCUGUCUGAGCUGUGCUUGUUGCUUCGUAAGACGCUGAGUGUGUGCUGCACAACAUGUUACUACUGUUUGGUUGUAUUGGGUUGCUUCUAACAGUUGGAAUAUCACAGUACUUCCAGUG